UGUUGAUGCGCGGGCCUUUCUGGCCGUCGGCGUAGGCAGUGAUGCCCAUCUCAUUUUUGUGCGCGGAGGCAGACACCAUCAGAAAGGUGGACGGGCACUACACGGCCCUAGGUUUGCUAGAGGGAGCUGUAUUGCCUCAGUAACCUGGCUUCGCCAUCAAAGGAGGAGGGAGCAGGUGGCGACGAGCUGAACUAGGCUGGUUGACCAUUCGGCGCGAGAAUUUUUAUUUUUUUCAGACCAAGAACCUUGAGUGCAAUGAGAGAGAAAGCGAGGAACCGACUGGGAAGGACAGCAACGAGAGCGUGCUGGACUUACGUCGAUGCAAAACAACGAAUAACAAUGUGCCGCACUGCCUCGUGCUUCAAACUCCCAACCGCCGCUCAAGCAGGAAAAUCGCUCAACAGCCUCGGGAUCAUCGGCCGACCACAGGAACGGCAGUUCAAGCGACAGCGGCGGGCUGGCUCCGACGCGACCCGCGCGGAAUUUGCGAUGCAGCAGAUGCUCACCAGCCGCGAAAAACGCUCGAUAGAGCGGGGUUGGAGAAGGAGAGACAGAAAGCUUCGAAAGGCCUUCGAUCAACGUGGAGCCUACCUCGGCGGCCGGAUCAAAGACUUGACGGCAAACGUUGCAGCCAACGAGCAACACAUCAAGCGUCUCCAGGACGCCCUCCGGACUGGCCACCUCCCCAGCCUUCUCCUCCCCCUCCCCCUCCCUUCCGUGGAGGACGGUGAGAACGCGGGCGAUAGGACGUGGGCCGAGGACACGGGAAAACCGCCGGAGGAAAAAGUAGCCGAGAAGCAGAUAAUCCGGUUGUGGCAGCAAGCGUACUCAUCGUUGGAGGUGCUGAAAGAGGAGCGGGAGCGCGACGUCAAGCAGCUGGAGCUCACGCGGAAGGCGAACGAGGUUUUGUCCGGCUGCAAGCAUGCAACGGAUGCCGCCGUGAAGGAAGCCGAUGCCGAACGGUUUGACCUGCUCAACGAGGCGUCGUUGGUUCGGCACGAGGCUUCGCUCCUGCGGAUGGCGGCAAAGGUAGCAGGUUCUAGUCCGCAGGCUUAUGCGCCAUCAACGAUCCUGAGGUGGCUCAGAGACUUUCGGAAGGAAGGUGGUUUCAGGCGGGAUGCACGGGGUGCGCACGAGCCGGACUGGAUCAUGUCAGAGGAGGAUCUGAAGAGUGCGUUGCUGGCGUGGAUGAUAUCACAACCGCGUUUCACCAUCAAGGAAGUCUGCAAGUACAUCAACGGGCCUCUGCUCCAAGACGACAAGGAGGAGGAUCUUUCCAGGCUCCAUGCGUACCAGGUGAACCUUCCGGUUUCGAUGUCCACGAUGCACUCGUGGAUGAUAAGGUUGGGUUGCAGGUACGAGCGGGGUACCAAGUCGUUCUACACGGACACCCACGAGAAGAAGGAGGUAGUCGAGUACCGCGGCGAGUACAUAGAGAAGAGACGCAAGAUGGCGCUGCGUCAACCCUUGUGGGUACGAGUGCAACGAGCCGCUCUCAAGCAGGAGGAGGUGGACCGACUCGACAGCCUUAAGUCGCGAGGCCCGGAAGGAGAUUUCUACGCAGAGGUGUACGACUGCAAGAUCGAUGGACAAGACUGCAUCGAAUUCCACGUAGAUCUCCUGCGCGACGACGGCUCCGUCGAUAACUUCGACAAGCUCCGCGCCGCACUUGGUCCAGAGGGUGGGGACUACAGCGUUUGCUUCGAUCAGGCCGCUGCUGCCCAGUGCGAGCAUUUCCACCUCCCGAACAAGUGCAGAUGCGGCAGGAAAGUGCACCACAUCGGGCAGGACGAGAGUGCCUACAAGGCGGAAAAUGGUGUCUGGUUUUCAGGAAGACACGGCUUCGGCUUACCUAUUUCGGAUGCCGACCUGGCGGCGGUGAACUCCAAACGCGAUGAGGAGGGGAACGGCAAAAAAACCCUGACGCGAAGCCCUGGACUCCGGUUUCUUGAAUACGGAAAAGGCAAGGAUGGGUACUGGGGCUACGACCAGUUCGAAGAACAGGUCGAAGACGUGAUGGACGUCUUGGAGCACAUCGAUCCCGACAUGCAAAUAGUGUUCGAGGUCGACCACUCGUCGGGCCAUGGGAAGCAGCGAGAGGAUGGUUUGCAUGUAUCGAACAUGAACGUCAAGUAUGGGGGGAAGCAAAAGGUGUUGCGGCUUUCGGUCAUGACGGAGGAGUGCUUGGGUCCGGAGGAGGCGAAAAUUUAUUUCGCCAACGGCAGGUGGAGCACGAAGUUCAGCGAGGGGGCAGUGUGUGUUGACCAGAAGCUGACGGUGGGCCAGACUCAGACUAGCACUUUCGCGGUAGGUGCGCCUCCUCCGUUUUUCGAAUGGGAUGCUCCGCGCAAAGACAAGAAGAACGCGAAGGGGAAGGUCAAGGAAGGGUACGAGGGGAAAGC